UCACUCCUCUCUGCUCCCACUGCAGUUCCUCCGCGGCACAGGAGCACCUCACCGACCUGCCCGGCUCCACAAGGACGGAGAAAUGAGCUGGUCCUGCGCCGCUCACAUCGCACUAACGUGAGCGUGUCACGGCUCGAUUUUAACGGACACAAUCGCACGCGCACACACAGAAGACCCGCACCGGUCUGUUGUUUACAGAUCCCCAGCUCGGUGUCGGACAGUCCCACCCGCAGCCCGGACCAUGGCGGAGAGAAGUGGCCGGCUGAGUUUCCCCGGGAGCGGGGCGCUCAACAGACCGGUCCCCAUGAACCUGUUUGCAACCUGGGAGAUAGACGGAUCCUCCCCGAACUGCAUCCCGAGAUUGUGCAGUCUGACUCUGAAGAAGCUGGUGGUGAUGAGGGAACUUGAUAAAGAGCUCAUCUCUGUGGUCAUAGCGGUUAAAAUUCAGGGCUCCAAACGGAUCCUGAGGUCCCAUGAGAUUGUGCUGCCACCCAGUGGGUCUGUGGAGACCGAUCUGGCUCUCACCUUCUCACUGCAGUACCCUCACUUCUUAAAACGAGAAGGAAACAAGCUGCAGAUCAUGCUGCAAAGGCGGAAGAGAUACAAGAACCGAACUAUCCUGGGCUACAAGACGCUCGCAGUGGGAUCUAUCGAUAUGGCCGAGGUGAUGCAGCACCCGACAGAGGGAGGCCAGGUUCUUCCUCUCUGCAGCAACCAGAAAGACAUGCUGGGGAAGGUGGCCGAGAUCUGGAUCUUCUCUCUGUCCAGUCAGCCGAUAGACCACGAGGAGGCGGCCCUGCAGGGAGGACAGAAGAUCAAAUGCUCCGAUAACUACUCAGAGGAGGAGUACGAGAGCUUCUCCUCAGAGCAGGAGGCCAGUGAUGACGCCGUGCAGGGACAGGAUCUGGAAGAUGAUGAGUACGAUGUGAGGAAGCCAAAGAAGCAGAGGAGGUCGAUUGUGAGGACCCCCUCCAUCACCAGACAGCAGAACUUUAAGCAGCGAGUCGUGGCUCUGCUGAAGCGCUUCAGAGUUUCAGACGAGGUGCUGGACUCGGAGCAGGACCCCGCAGAGCCGCCCCCUGAAGUGGAGGAGGAGGACCUGGACUUGGACAGUGUGGAGUUUGAGAACCCGAGUGACAGCGGCCCUGAGCUAGAUGACGACGACAGCGUCCUCAGCACACCAAAACCUAAACUCAAGCCAUAUUUCGAGGGUCUCUCCCUCUCCAGCUCUCAAACUGAGAUCGGCAGCAUCCACAGCAGCCGGAGCCACCGGGAGCCUCCGAGCCCGAUCGACCCAGAUAAAACAAAGUGUGCUGGGGCCAAAUUUCCAGAUGAUGGUGUGUCUGAUAACGUCUCCUUUGAGCAGCCGGAGGCGGUGACUCCGACCACGGAGCUGGAGAUGGACAACAUGGACACAUUUUUAGAGAGACUGCCACCGAGUGGCAAAAUGACCAAGACAGAGUCCCUAAUCAUUUCAUCCAACAGGCAGGAACCGAAGUUGGCAGGGAGGCGAGGCAGGAGCACGUCGCUGAAGGAGCGGCAGCCCAGCAGGCCACAAAAUGAGAGGGCCAACAGCCUGGACAACGAGCGGUCCCUGGACACACGCUGCCACCUACAGAUCCCAAGAAAGACAGUUUAUGACCAACUAAACCACAUCCUGGUGUCUGAUAACCAGCUCCCUGACAGCAUCAUCCUCAUCAACACGUCAGACUGGCAGGGCCAGUAUCUUUCAGAUAUGCUGCAAAACCACCACCUACCAGUGGUCUGCACCUGCACCACGGCCGACAUCCAGGCUGCGUUCAACACCAUCGUCUCCCGCAUACAGAGAUUUUGCAACUGUAACUCCCAGACGCCCAUUCCCAUAAAGAUCGCCGUGGCCGGAGCGCAGCACUACCUCAGUGCUGUUCUGAGGCUCUUUGUGGACCACCUCUCCCAUAAAACCCCUGACUGGCUCGGCUACAUGAGGUUCCUCAUCAUCCCACUAGGUGCACAUCCUGUCUCCAAAUAUCUCGGCACUAUCGACUAUCGUUACAACAGCUUGUUCCAAGACGCUGCCUGGAGGGACCUGUUUCACAAACCAGAGGCUCCUGUUAUUGCCCAGGAGAGCCCAGACGUGGUGUCGAGGGUGACUCAGUACAUGGUGGGAGCUAACGGAGCUCACCAGCUUCCCAUCGCAGAGGCCAUGCUCACCUACAAACAGAAGAGGAAAAAGAGCUUUCAUUUUGAUUUUGCAGUAAGCCCUGAUGAGGACUCAUGUCAGAAAUUCAUCCCUUUCAUCGGGAUGGUGAAAGUUGGCCUCGUGGAGCAAACAUCUGCUGCGUCAGGAGACUCUGAUGACGCAGCACCUCUGAGCUCCUCGCUGCUCUCCUCCACUCCUCCACAAGUAUCACCUGCACUCAAAGAGGCGUCGCCCACCCCACCCUCCUCUCCGUCUGUAACCGCCAGCUUCUGUGCUUACAGUUCUGUAGGGCAGGCGGAGCUGAUGGGGCUCCAGGUGGACUACUGGGUGGCUCCGACAGAAAGGAAGAAAGACAUGGAGAAGCGGGACUCCUCCUCCAAAAACACUCUGAAGUGCAAUUUCCGCUCGCUGCAGGUCAGCCGGCUGCCACUGGGGGGCGCAGAGCCGAGCCCCCAGCCCACCAUGUCCAUGACUGUGGUGACCAAGGAGAAGAAUAAGAAGGUCAUGUUCCUGCCAAAAAAGAGCAAAGACAAGGAGGUGGAGCCGAAGAGUCAAGUGAUCGAGGGCAUCAGCCGGCUCAUCUGCACUGCCAAGCACCAGCAGACCAUGCUGAGAGUACUGAUCGAUGGCGUUGAGUGGAACGACGUCAAGUUUUUCCAGCUGGCGGCACAGUGGUCCUCACACGUCAAACACUUCCCCAUCGGGAUCUUUGGACACACAAAAGGCCCUUACUAGCAGCACCUAAGAGACUGAAACACUGAGGACAGCUCCCCCCAUCGUCCCUUUCCCCUGUGCCAACAGCUUUUAACCCCCUCCUCCCCACUUUCCCCUCUGCACACUUCUUCUAUUCUGCUGUCUUAAUUUAAGCUCCUGUUGCAUUUGUCUCGUUAUUUAAUCUUUUGCGUGUUCUUUUUUAAUUUUCUAUUUAUGUGAAAAUGUCUCGAGGCAAAGCUGCCGACGGAAUAUUUCUUUACUCGGCUUUUUAAAAGAGAAGAAUCCUGCUGAUGUUUUAUAGACUUUUGAGAAAAAAAACAAAUUAAAUAAUAAUUAGACAUUAAUUCUAAUCUUUAACAUACUGUACCAGUGCCCAGGUUUCACCCUCUGCCAUCUUUUUUUUUUUUUUUAAAUUUGGUGACGCCGGUUUUAAUCACUUGGCCGGCACAUUUAAUCAAGAAUAUAUAAAAAACAAAACAAGAGCAGCUGCCUUGUAAUAAAGUGGAAGAAGUUCAUCUUAUUUUCUAACCGUGACAAAGAAAUUUGGAAUUCUCAGCUUCAGAGACUGUUGUCGAUUCAUCGUCGUAACCCUGAAGAGGAAGAAGUAAACGGCCCCGGAGCUUCGGCUCUCUGCACUCAAUGAAGAAGUCUCACGUGCAAUAGACUGAAUACUGUGUGGAUGGAUUCUGAAUAAUAACCUGGCACUGACAGACGAUUACACACUGCUCUUAGUCGUGGUUUUCACUCUAUGUAACCUUCCUUAAAGUUACUUUCUCCUUCUGGUAAAUUGGCUUCAGGUUUGAAGAGUUUUGCUCUGAAGUGAGACGUAUGAGAAAAUUAUGAAUAGCACAAAAUGAACCACUUUGUAGAUGGUAGAACAGACUGAAAGGAAUACGAUGACAUUUUGGGAAAUUUGCUUUCUUUUUGAGAGUUUGAUGAGACGAUGGAUAGCCUACUGUCUGCAAAGUAAAUAGAGUUCUGCAGGGAUGGUGUUUAUUUGUAGGCCUACCCUGAAGUUAGCUUCGCCCUGGUUCAUGCGACAAAAUGCCAAUGGGAUUUUUCCAAUCCAGGAAAUAAGCCCUGUUGCAAACAAAAGUUUAUGAUUUGUACAUGUUUUGUUCAGCAAGAUAAUCCUCACAAACGAACACCACUUUUAUGAUUUUUAUUUAUUUGCAAGAAUUAAAAAGCUAACGUUAGGCUAUAAACGAGUUACACCACGAUUGCAUGACUUCAACAUCACCACCACAACAAGGCUGUAAAACAGUUUCGGUACGAUCUAAUCAAAUCUAACCAAAACAUCCAUUGACUUUGAGACGAGGGAACCGGAAGUGCAAAAAUGCUAACUAAUUUCUUCAUUUUAGGACUCAUUCCUGCAGCAAUAUGUGGCUAGAGCUAUCAGCUGAUUUGCGUAACUUAGCAUAAAGACUGGAAUAAGGGGGAAACAGCUAGCCUGGCUCAGUCCAAAGGCAUGAAAAUCCACUGACCAGCAUCUGUAAAGCUCAUUUACUAACACGCAUUAGACUAUCUGGUUUGUUAAACAAGUACAAAAACCAGCGUGUAAAAACAACAGGGGGGAAUUAGAGGAAAUAGUUGGACACAUUCCUCCCUGAAAAUCCACAACAUGUCAUUUUAUAUCGUCUAGUUUUUGUAAAGAUUUCAGAAAAUAGAAAUAAAAUGUUUAUUUUUUUCUCUUUGGACAGAGCUAUGCUAGCUGUUUCCCCAUUUCCAGUCUUGAUACUAAGCUAAGCUAACUGCAAACAGCUAGCCUGGCUCUGAUCAAAAGUAACAAAAUCCACCUACCAGCAUCACUAACUAACACAUUAUAUCUCUUUUGUUUAAUUUGUACAAAAAACUGAGCCAGGCUAGCUGUUUACGCCCAUGUUUCCAGUCUUUGUGCCAAGCUACACUAAUCAGCUGCUAGCUGUAGCCUUAGAUCAGAGCUAUGAAUGAUGUUCAGAUCUUUUGGUGCAUUGCAUUUGAACUGGUAAGCUGGAAUUUAAGAGUUCCCAGCGGAAAAAUUUCAUCUGGAAAGCUGGCUGAAGUUGGAUUUUGAACUCGGAAAGUCAACAACCCCGAAGCUCAAAAUCCAACAUGGCUACUCUGCACAUCAACAGUAGUGAGAGCUGUAGCAAUAUACUUUUUAUUAGCACUUCUUUGUUGUUUGUGUCUAAUUAAAAGAGUCAUACACACAGUCCUGUCCAACCUCUAUGUGUGGACAUGCUGCUAUGGUGUUUGUAGGCACUAAAUACAGUGUAAUGUGUUGUUAUCAACUGCUAACAAUGGCUAACCCGGCUAACAACAUCUUGGUUUUGUGACGUGUUGCACUGGAAUGUAGUCACCUCGGGUCAUUCCCAGCUCCGACCUCUGAUGUUCACGAUAAAAGGAACGCACUGUAACUCUUGGCAGGAAAGCAAACAGGCUAUGUUUAUCUCCCAAAAUGUCACCAUAUUCCUUUAAGCUUGUUUUAUAAAGUGAAAGACAUUUUACAGAGUGGUUCCUCUGUAUUAAGCAAUUAAUUUUUCCCUCUACAGUGUUUAUUUCAAAAGAACUCUUCGUCCUCGAGCCCCACACUCCUCUGACACACUCCACGUAUUUUGCUGAAAGCAAAUGUUACUUUUGCCAAAGGAAUACUCAUCAACUGCAGCUCACUCAUUACCUGUGUGGUAUUAUAGAAGACUUCAUAAUGUAGAGGUGAAUGUAUUGAAGGUACCUUAAUGUAAAGCACUUUUAAAUGUUUGUCCAUUAUAGAUUAGUGUGUUGAAACCUACCCGGGAACCUGCAGGUACGACUGACCGUGGUUCACAGAUGCACAUAGACAGACUCUGUGUCUGCCGUUAUAAUCUGAGCAGAACAACAGCACAAGCAGCGGUGGGGACGUGGCAUAGUUUAUAUGCAAAGCAAACCAAGCGUCUGUGUCUUCUCAGUGCUGCUGUGUGUGAUAUCACUUUAUGCUCAGUGUGAGGCCUCCUUGGACUCUUUAGAUUUUAGUUUGAUAUUCUGUAAAGUUAGCUUACGAUGUGUAUGUGAUGUUAACAUUUAAAAAAAAACGUUCUGUCAGUAGAUUUUGCUCAAUCUUUCGUUGACUGUUAAAGUACUUUGCUUAGCAGUAGCAGUUUCAUCAUAACCUUUGCCAAUUUCUUGAUAAGUGCCUAAAUUGCUUAAUUUUGACAAAUCAACAUAGAUAAUUUGUCCCUCGCUAACAUGGUGCUGAUUCAGGUCGGACAACUACAAAAUAUCUUGAUACGGUGCAUUGAUUUUGCAGUAUAAUGUUCACUGGAGGGAGGGGAAAUCACAGUUGGCUCUCAGACAUGGGUUUGAAUCAAUUAGAAGAACACUACGGCCCAUUCAUUUUGAGCAGACAUUUGUUUCUCUGUGCAGAAAAUGUUUUAGAUGUUUUGUUUUUUCCAUGUUGUCUCAGAGAAAGGCUUGUUGAAACUGAAAGUUCCCUAAAGACUACCACUGUAAUCCCAAAACUUGGAGUAAUAAAACUACUAUACACACUAAAAUGUA